AUGAUUGACACCUCGCGAAAUCGCCUCCCUGAACUCAUGUCGCUAGAUGGAGCCACAAGGGACAAGGAGGAUGUGCGAGCAGCCGCCGCGCGGGGUGAGUUCGAGGAACUUCAGAAAUUAGCCUUGUUCAACCGCACUUCGAUUGUCAGCGAACGGUAUUGUACCGUUGGGGAUGGCGUCGACUCCCUUGAAGGCCACCUUCAUUCUUUGUGGCAUAUCUACUAUCAGCUCGGCCGCCACAUAUCGCAUGAAACACCAGAACACGACAGUUUGGCUUUGGAUAUCAUCCGUAUCCAGGGGCUGGGCACGCUGACGCGGCCAGUGCAAGGCGUGUACGGCAUUGACGUCGCACGAACAGUCGAAGGCACACUCUGGGGCGAUGUUCCUUUUCUCGUCACUGACAUGGCCGGUUUCUGGAGCAUGAGCUGCGCGUCGUUGUCCGGCACCCAUCGCCUCAACUUGGCAUCUUUUUUGGCCAAGCUGGCAUCCACCCGCAUCAGUAAGGAUGGAAUGUGCCAGAUUGCCCUCAUCCUAUUCCGCGCUACGUUUGAGGAAGAGCGAGAACUUGGUACCACGGACGAGCCGGAUCAUGAAGAUGCACAGCGAAACAUCAAGUCUCUUGACAUUGCACAUCUGUUGCCAUCUGCCUGUGCUUGGAUCAAGGAGGCGGGUCACAAUCUUAUUCAACUCUCGGAGGUCUCAUGGGAUGAUGGCCCCCGCACGACGAGCCAAGGCGGCAGCAUGUUCGUCGAGUCGGAGCUCGGGAAGCGAUCCCCAAAGGGAUUUGCACCUUGGAGGUGGAUGUACUGGCUCAAGCGUCUCCACGAAAUUCGUGACGAGGCAAAGGAGGCGAAAGAAAAACAACUGGAAGAGUAUGCCGCUGACGCAAUUGACUUGAUGGUCUCAAAUGUGAGGGAACGCAAUUCUGAAAUUCUCAAGGUGUACAACGCGGCUGGAGAUUUGCAGAAAGAUGAGCAUUUGUCAUGCUUGGGUGAUCAGUAG